CUUUAUCGCCUCAGGAGCGCUGCGCGCUCCCGCUCUGGAGAUCUCCGUGCCGUCGCCACCCACACGCGUUUUGUUUCGUGGAACAAACAUCAUAAAAUGGAAAAGAUGUAUAGAUAGAUGUCUAAUUUUGUGACUCCAAACUCCAACCAAGCAACUCUUUGACAAUCCUCAUCUGUAUUGUUCAUCAUUACCUAACCAUGGAGACGGUGGUGAUUGUGGCCAUAGGUGUGCUGGCAACCAUCUUCCUGGCAUCAUUUGUGGCACUGGUGGUGGUGUGCCGCCAUCGUUACUGCCACCCUCCUGACUUUCUACACCAGUUUGAUUCCAAACCCACAGUGGAUCUUAUUGGAGCAAUGGAGACUCAGAGUGAACCAUCUGAGUUGGAGUUGGAUGAUGUUGUCAUCACGAACCCACAUAUUGAGGCCAUGUUGGAGAAUGAGGACUGGAUUGAGGAUGCCUCUGGCCUUGUGUCUCACUGCAUUGCUAUUCUGAAGAUAUGCCAUACACUCACCGAAAAGCUAGUUGCCAUGACAAUGGGUUCUGGAGCAAAGGUCAAAGCACCUGCCAGCCUGAAUGACAUCAUAACAGUGGCUAAGCGCAUCAGCCCAAGGGUGGAUGAUGUGGUUCGAUCUAUGUACCCGCCACUGGACCCCAUUCUCCUGGACGCCAGGGCCACUGCAUUACUGUUGUCGGUUAGUCACUUGGUACUAGUCACACGGAACGCCUGCCACAUGUCUGGCUGCCUGGACUGGAUCGACCAAUCACUGCAUGCAGCCGAGGAUCAUAUGGUCAUACUGAGAGAGGCGGCUUUAGCUUCCGAACCAGAGAGGGCUUUGCCAGAGAGGGAGCACACUAUCUGACUCACUCAAAAGCACAUGAGACUAAGACUCUGUAAACACACAUGUAUAUG